AAAACGCAAGGAGAAGUCAGGUGUGACUGUGUGAGAAAUAGUAUAAAAAUAAAUUAAACUAAAAGAAGCAUUACAUGAAUGGAAUUACCUUCUCUUCCUUUCAGGGCUUGUAAAUUAUAGAGAUGAAGUUGAUGAGAGCGUUUGCAGUUUGUUUUACUUCGAACAAAUGGAAAUAGCACACAUUAUGGGUAUUAUACGGAAGGUGACGGGUGCACCUUCUCCACCAACGUUGCCCCCAAGAUGUGAUGGAACCAAACCCGUGCAGUGGUUAGCUACGGUAUGUGAGUAUUUCCAGUUUUAUGAAGUCCCUUCAGUUGAUCGUUUGAACCGUGUGACAUCAAUGUUAGAGGACUCUGCCUUGGCUUGGUUUAAUUGGCGUAUGCGUGGCGGCUUAAUUGAUGGUUGGGAGGAUUUUGUUGAAAAGUUCAAGAUUCGAUUUGUUUCGUUACAUGCUUUGGAUUAUAUUUCUUUUGAGAAGACAACAGAAAAGGCUAGAGACACAUUUGUCCACAUGGUGGAAGAUGUCACCACACUCCCCGACCCGACCAUGGAGGACCUAGACGAGUUAAAAGAAUCAAGUGCCAGGUCUCAUAUCAAAGAGGGCGAUUAUAACGGGUCUGGCAUCAUUGGCGAUGAUGGUGGUGCUCUUGAUGAAGAUUAUAGUGCUAAUAUUUUGAGUGACGAGCCAUUAAACAAAUCAGAUUCUACUCCUCGUGAAUUAUCUAUAUCACUAAAUGCCUCAGUUGGGAUGACAAUUGCAGGGUAUGAAGUUCUAGCAAGUAUCGAGAAGGUGGCAGAUGGAUAUAAGAAGCAAGUGGACAACCUCAUUUCAUUUGAUGACACCAUUAAAUUGUUUGACCUUGUCGAUGUGGUCAAGACGGAGCACUUAGUUUCACCGAAAGAAACUACAUAUGCUAUGCGCCCCGUCUCCUUUUUCCACUACUUUUCUGCAAGAGCCAAGCUGGUUGAAGAAUCAAAGAGUGGACUGCUCCUUUGGUUCAGCAUUCUGUCUCUAGUCUUAAAGCACGAGUGGGAUCCUCCACCUUGAGGACAAGGUUUGAUGUUGUUACAUAAGGGUAUUUUGGAAAAUGACUAUUACCAUAGUCAUCAUUCUAGGUUUCUUAGAUGAAUAUGUAAUUAUAGUUUCAAAACUUGAACUUUCAUUAGCGAUCCUUAAUGGAGUUAUUCUGACUAACGUAAUGUCAACAAUCUGAUUUCACAUGGCUUAUGGAUGCCUAUAACCGUAAACAUGCAUAUCACACUUAUGCACAACAGCAAUAUAUGUUUUUAUCACAUUGUAAUGAUUGGAUGAACGUAUUGGAUAACACUUGUUAUUUUGUCACCGUUUGUGUUAUCAAUAUGAUAUGUAGUCAUUCUUGAAUACUGAUUUUCUUAUUGAUAAUUCCAGAAUUGCCUUGGAAUUUCCAACUUUCUCAAUAAUUAUGAUAGAGUUUCGUGCUCGAAAAUUAUAAUAUUAGUGUAUUCGUCAUAUCACUAAUAUUCAUCACACAAUAGUUAAAUUACUUAUUACUAAAAACAUGACAAAUUAUACACAGUCAUAUUCUAAUAUGUUUGGGAUUCUAUAGACACAUGCGUGGUUUCUCUUGGUG